AUGUCGAAAAAACAUCUUCACAAUCAAGCGGCUAUACCGUUAGCUCCCGCGGUGUUUAAGAAACCCCAAUUGCGGCCGAUGAUAGCCGAAUAUGAUCCCAAGAGAAAAGGAGUUAAAAAUGACCUUUCAGAUGUCGUUAUGGUCAAGUACAAAGUUGAUCCCAAUGAGAUCCCAGUGGAACAGCAGGCGGGUUCCACGCUGCCUCUCAUGGAGAUCCCGGGUCGCGAUAUUGAGGCGGAUGAGACUUACAACCCGUUCGAGCACCGAAAACUGGCGCACCCUACGUCGGAUAUGGAUACUCUUAUUCACUUGUUGAAGGGAUCACUGGGUAGUGGCAUAUUGGCUAUGCCGAUGGCAUUUAUGAACGCUGGUCUGUACUUCGGUCUGGUGGCAACUUUCCUCAUCGGCGGUAUUUGCACCUACUGCGUCCACGUUCUCGUGAAAACAGCCCACGAGCUGUGCAGGAGGAUACAAAAACCAUCGUUAGGCUUUGCAGAGACGGCCGAAGCAGCUUUCUUAUCUGGGCCGCCCGCGGUGCACAAAUUUUCAAGGCUUGCCAAAGCUAUGAUAAAUUGGUUCCUCGUGAUCGACUUACUUGGUUGCUGCUGUGUUUACAUCGUGUUUGUCGCUAAGAAUGUCAAGCAAGUUGUAGACUACCACGCAAAAGACAGUGAAUGGCUGCCCCACGAUAUCGACAUCAGAAUCUACAUGGUGGCGCUACUUCCUCUUCUAAUUUUAAUGAACCUCAUAAGGAAUCUUAAAUAUUUGGCCCCAUUCUCCAUGAUUGCUAACCUUUUAGUCGGAACUGGCAUGGGAAUAACUUUCUACUACUUAUUCCAAGAUAUCCCCGGUCUUAGUGAACGCAAGCCAUUUGCUGGAUGGGAGCGCCUACCAACUUUCUUCGGAACUGCUAUCUUCGCUCUUGAAGGUAUUGGUGUUGUAAUGCCAUUGGAAAACAACAUGAAAACCCCAACCCACUUUAUUGGCUGCCCUGGAGUGCUGAACACUGGCAUGUUCUUUGUGGUGUCACUUUAUGCACUGGUUGGAUUCUUUGGUUAUUUAAAAUAUGGUGAUGCCACUUUGGGUAGCAUCACGCUGAACUUGCCUGAAGAUGAAAUAUUGGGCCAGAGUGUGAAACUGAUGAUUGCAGUAGCCAUCUUCUUCACAUACAGUCUUCAGUUCUACGUGCCCAUGGAGAUCAUCUGGAAGAAUGUGUGUCAUUUUUUCGGAGCCAAGAAGAAUCUUGCCGAGUACAGCAUCAGGAUUGUUAUCAUCAUGAUGACCCUCGGUGCAGCCAUAGCCAUCCCCAACCUUGGAGGCUUCAUCUCACUAGUUGGUGCGGUCUGCUUGUCCUUCCUAGGUCUCAUCUUCCCGGCUGUCAUAGAAACUGUCACUUUCUGGGACAGACCUAACGGACUUGGCCGGUACAACUGGGUGCUCUGGAAGAACACUUUCCUCGUUUGCUUCGGCAUCCUGGGCUUUCUCACCGGCUCCUACGUCAGCAUCCUAGACAUAAUUAGGGGCGAAGAA